AUGGCUUCCAAGAAGAACUCGACGAACAAAGUGCCCAUCCAGCCCGUGCCCGAGAAGCGCGGGUAUGAGUUCGGUGGCCCAGUCGGCGCCUUCGGAAUCGUGUUCGGUCUUCCUCUUCUCGUCUACACCUUCACUUUCCUGUGCAAUGAUGUCUCCGGCUGCCCGGCACCGUCCCUGCUCCACCCGUCAACCUUGACCCUCGAACAAUUGAAGGAGGAAGUGGGCUGGCCGAAGGGAGGCGUGGCGGAUCUGUAUAGCACGGAGGUGACCCUCUGGGUGCUCAGCUACUAUUUGCUCAGUCUGGUGCUCUAUGUGUUUCUCCCUGGCCAGGAAGCCAAUGGCACCGAGUUGGCAUGUGGCGGUAGACUGCGGUACAAGUUCAAUGCAUUCCCGACGGCGGUCUUGAUCCUCUCCGGCCUGGCGACAUGCACCUACAUGUACGGCUCCGACUUCAUUGUGUGGACGUUCCUGUGGGACAACUAUGUGCAGGUCCUGACCGCGAACCUCCUGAUCUCGACCGCGAUCGCCGUCUUCGUCUACGCGAAGAGCUUCACGGUCCCGGCGCCUGGCCAGCCCAACCCAGAGCUGCGGCAAUUGGCGCCUGGCGGCCAUACCGGCAACGUCUUGUAUGACUUCUUCAUCGGCCGAGAGCUCAACCCUCGCGUGCGGCUGCCUAUUCCCUUUGUGAGCGAGGCUUCGCGGACCAUCGACAUCAAGGCUUGGUGCGAGCUGCGGCCGGGUCUGCUGGGGUGGAUCAUUCUGAACCUGUCCAACAUCGCCCGCCAGCACCGCACCUACGGCUACGUCACCGACUCGAUCAUCCUGUCCACCUUCUUCCAGGCGUUCUACGUGCUGGACGGCCUCUACAUGGAGCCCGCGCUCUUGACCACCAUGGACAUCAUCAUGGACGGGUUCGGCUUCAUGCUGUCCUUCGGGGAUAUGGUCUGGGUGCCCUUCAUCUACAAUUUCCAGACGCGGUAUCUGGCGGUCUUCCCGCUGGAGCUGGGAGUCCAGGGGAUUGUGGCGGUGCUGGCGGUGACGGCGGCGGGCUACUCGAUCUUCCGCGGCGCCAACAACCAGAAGAACCGGUUCCGCACCGACCCCAACGACCCGCGCGUCAAGCACCUCAAGUACAUCGAGACCGCCAGCGGCUCCAAGCUGAUCACUUCCGGAUGGUGGGGUUGCGCGCGCCACAUCAACUACCUGGGUGACUGGCUGAUGUCGUGGUCGUACUGCUUGCCCACGGGAAUCGCGGGAUACGUGGUCAUCCAGGGGAUCAACCCGGCCACGGGCGACCUGCAGAAGCAGGUGGUGCAGACACCGGAGGUCCGCGGUUGGGGCAUGGUCUUCACCUACUUCUUUAUGCUCUACUUUGGGGUCUUGCUGAUCCACCGCGAGCGUCGCGACGAGGAGAAAUGCAAGAAGAAGUACGGCUCCGACUGGGAGCGGUACACUACCCUGGUGCGUAGCCGCAUUGUCCCGGGGAUCUAUUGA